UCUGAAUCGGAAAAUGGAAUGAACCAUUAGUUGAAUGAUACUAAUUAGAUCGUUAGACUAAACAAUUCGAUGUUAUGUCACAUUUUGGAGAAUAAAUAUUGGACUAUCUUAUUUGUCGUUAAUUCCAAAUCCGUUGGAGGCUAAUUUCAAUUGAACGUAAACAGGAACUACCUAUUUUACCCUGACCGAGAAAAUAAGCGUGUCAUGUGUAGGAAAUAAAUGGACAGAAGGAUUUUGUAAACAAGAGAGAUGGCGGGAGCCAAACCAGGUGUCCAUGUAGUUCAGCUGAGACCAAUUAUCGUCCCAGAAUGUUUGAUUAAGGGCAACAAGUUUAUAAAAUGGGAGGAGAGCAGUGCAACUGGGGUCCCUGUGACAUUGAAGGUGGAUCCCAAUGGCUAUAUCCUGUUCUGGAAAGAUCAAAACAAGGAGAUGGAAUCCUUAGACAUGUCUUUGAUUCGUGAUACUAGAACUGGAAAAUAUGCAAAAGUACCGAAGGAGGGUAAAUUAAAAGAUACCUGUAUGAUCGGUCAAUCUGAUGUUCCAGUGGAAGAUAAGACUGUGACAGUAGCUUAUGGAUCAGAGAUGACCGGUAUUUCAUUUAUCAACUUUGUAUGUUCAUCUAGAGAUACUGCAAAGCUCUGGUGCGAUGAACUGUUAUUAUAUGCCUAUAACCUGUUAGCAGCCAAUUGCAAUGUGUUGACAUUCUUGGAGAAGGCUCACACUAAAAUUACUCAUGUACUCGAUGUUAAUGGCAGGAUACCAGUUAAAAACAUUGUGAAAAUGUUUGCCACUCACAGAGAUGACAAGAGAAGAGUAGAAAAGGCCUUAGAAUCCAUUAAUAUACAGACAGGCAAGAUGGAUAGCGAAUUAAUAAAGCAUGAAACGAUAGAUCCCAAUACAUUUAGCUUUGACAUGUUCUUUCACUUUUACCGACAAUUGGUUGGACGAACUGAAGUUGAUAAAGUGUUUGAUGAAAGUGGUGCUAAGAAAAAGCCAAUUUUAACAGUGGAUCAGUUUUGGCAGUUUUUAAAUAAAGAACAACGGGAUCCUAGACUGAAUGAGAUUCUGUAUCCACAUUGUACACGGUCAAUGGCUCAGGAGUACAUAUCUAAGUAUGAAACAAAAGUAGGAAUGGCAGAAAGAGGCCAUGUGACACAAGAGGGUUUUCUGAAAUUUCUGAUGGGUGAAGAGAACAAUGUGGUCGCACCAGAACUGUUGGAUCUGAGUCAAGAAAUGACACAUCCUUUAGCUCACUACUUCAUCAAUUCUAGCCAUAAUACGUACUUAACAGGUCAUCAGUUAACUGGUAGAUCUUCCACUGAGAUGUACCGACAGGUGUUACUAAGUGGGUGUCGCUGUAUAGAACUAGACUGUUGGGAUGGGAGGAAUAAUGACGAGGAACCAAUUAUAACACAUGGCUAUACAAUGUGCACAGAAAUUUAUUUUAAGGAAGUUAUAGAAGCCAUAGCUGAAAGUGCCUUUAAAACAUCAGAAUACCCAGUCAUAUUGUCAUUUGAAAAUCAUUGCUCACCAAAACAACAAGCAAAAAUGGCUUCCCAUUGUAGGAACAUUUUUGGAGACCUGUUGUUGACAGAAUGUCUUGACUCAUAUCCGCUUGAGUUAGGAGAAGGAUUACCCCCACCUUGUGCACUGAUGAGAAAAAUUAUAGUGAAAAACAAGAAGAAACAUUUCCAUCAUAAUAAAGCACAACGUGAACGUGUGAGCAAACAGAACAGUACAACAAAAUAUGAAGAGGGAGAAGAAAAGGAACAACGACGACGGAACUCAAGUCUGAGUCCAGAAAAUAGCGUAGAAAGUCCAGACCAAGAUACAACUAAUGAAUUUAUUGGACCUGUUGAGGAGGAGUCUGAUACAGACCAUAGUGAAUAUGAUUCUGAUGAAGAAGAGGGAGUCAAAAUUGUAAAGGUUAAAAUAUAUAGUGAAGAUAAGGGCACUGCAGGUAGAGAAGCUGAAGCAGGAUUAGAAAUGUCAGAACUUGUUAAUUACAUACAGCCAGUCCAUUUCCACUCAUUUGAUACAUCAGAAAAGAAACAAAAGAGUUAUGAGAUAUCAUCUUUUGUGGAAACCCAAGCCACCAGUUUACUGAAAGAAAACCCUGUAGAUUUUGUCAAUUACAACAAACGUCAGUUAAGUAGAAUUUAUCCACGUGGAACAAGAGUAGACUCUAGUAACUUUUUACCUCAGAUAUUUUGGAAUGCAGGUUGUCAAAUGGUAGCCCUCAACUUCCAGACCUUAGAUUUAGCAAUGCAAUUGAACCAGGGAGUAUUUGAAUACAAUAAUAGGUCAGGAUACGUAUUGAAACCAGAUUUUAUGAGACGUCAUGAUAGAAGGUUUGAUCCAUUUGCUGAGUCCACUGUGGAUGGUAUUGUGGCAGGAACAGUUUAUGUUAAGGUGAUAUCAGGUCAGAUGUUAUCAGACAAGAAAAUAAAUACAUAUGUGGAAGUAGAUAUGUAUGGUUUACCUACAGAUACUGUCAGGAAAAAGUAUAAAACAAAAACUAUCAUGAAUAAUGGAAUUAAUCCUGUGUAUGAUGAAGACCCUUUUAUAUUUAAAAAAGUUGUCUUACCAAAUUUAGCUGUGAUACGUCUUGCCGUUUAUGAAGAGAAUGGAAAAAUGUUGGGACAUCGAGUGUUAACAGUACAAGGUCUUAGACCAGGUUAUCGACAUAUACCACUUAGGAAUGAGUUUAAUUUACCAUUGAAUUUGCAAACCUUAUUUGUACAUAUUUGUGUCAAAGAUUUCGUUCCUGAUGAUAUGGAAUCCUUUGCAAUGCGGAUUACCAAUCCUUUAUCAAAGACUCCGCCGCCAAUUACAAGGCUUAAAUCCAAAAAAACAAACAGGACAAAAAUGUUAUCAAGAUACCUAGAUGAUGACAUUAUAGGGUCAAAUGAUGAAGGAGAAAAAGAAGAAGUUGUUAAGUCAAAUGGAAAUGCCUCCUCACCAACCAAAGUGGUCACAAAUUCUAGCCCUAUUAAAAAAGAACCAACAGCAAAACGUUUUAGUGGUGGUGAUCAUCAACAAGUGUCAACCAAAAUCAGUAUAAACAGUGAUGGAAGUACAGGAAGAGAAGGUGUUACAAUACAUCAAAUGACCAGUAUAAACAGUGAGAAUGGAUUGCAGUUCAAAUGUAAACUUAAUGAUCCAUCAAUAAUAGAACCUACAUCAAUAGAAAAACUAAAGACAUUAAAGCCUUACUUGAAAAUUACAUCCAAGCGGGAUAAAGAACUGGAGGCAUUAAAUCGUAAAAAUGAAAAGGCCAGGCAAAACUUGAAAGAAAUACAUGAGUUACAAGAGGAGCGAUUGAUGAUAUCUCAGGUUAAAGCUAAGGAUACAAUGGAAAAAUCUCAUGCCAAGUCUGUAAAGAAGGCAUUACGACGGGGCACUUCUGUGGACGAAGCAGAAACUAAUAAUCGUUUACAGUAUGGUAAACUUGUCCAAGAACAUAAUUAUAAGCAUAAAGAACUAAAACAGACACAAGGAGAAAUUUUUGUAGAUAUGUGUAAAGACCAGUUCAAAGCCGAGUUAGACAUUCAUUUGAAAUAUCAUACACCCAUCUAUGACACAUUGAGGAUGCUUUUAGAUAUCAACCAUAAAAAUCAUGUGGAGCAGAUUAUCGAAACAUUUGAAAUGGAUUCUGAUGAAUUGAAGAAAGAAAUGGAAACCAGGAGUAAAUUGGAGAUGAAGAGAUUAGCCAAGACCAUCAAGGACAAAAAUGAAUUGUCAAGAACAAAAAGAGAAUCUCAAUCAAAACACAUAAAAAUGGUUGUUAAUGAAAUAGAAAAGCUGAAAGAAAUACUAAAUUCAAAGCAAGAAGAAUUAACACCAAUUUUAGGCAGAGUUAGACAAGAAUUAGAAAGGGAAAAAGAUGAGAUGCGUAAAUGUUUACAAGAACAGUAUGAGGAGAAAUGUCGAAGAUUAACGGAACAGUUCCGUGAUGUUGGUUUUGCCAAAGAAUCAGAGAAUACACCUUUAUAAAACAUUCCGUUCACUUUUCUACAUUCCUGUCAUACUAUAUGCAUGUCAUAACCAUGACAAAAAUCAUGUGACAUUGGUACCUGAUCUCAUGUUAACCUACAAAUAACUGUUUUUUAAUGUGUUGUAAAAAUAGAUGGAACCAUGUGAUAAACACUCUAAACCAUGUGACCUAUUAUGUAAUUAGCAGCUUGUUUUGUAAUGGUUUUUAAAUGUUUGUACUAUUACCAUGGUAACCAUUGCCUCUGUGGGAUACAACAAACCGUGAUACAAUUGCAUAUGGCGAAAUGAAUGUUGGUCAGUGGAUUUUGAAAAACAGUCUAAACUGUAAUUAAGGUCAUCUUUAUUAAAAGAAAACCUUGUCUUGUCUGAUGGUCAUUAGAUUUUGAAUAACAGCCUAAACUGUAAUGGAGGUCACCUUUACUUUUAAAAUAAGCUGUCUUGUCUGGUCACUUUCUACUUUGUCCAGCUGUAAUAAAAGCUAUGCAUUUUGAACCUCUUUAUUUUUUCUUCAUUUGGAAGCUUUCUACUUGGAAAAAAAACCCUUUCAUAAUUGUUUCCAUCUUUACUUUCAGUUUAUUUUGUAUGCAUUCUAUUUUAUACACAAAUGUAUUAACUUGGCUGUGAAAUUAAGUUUUAUAUCAUGGAGCAUUACCAUUUCUGUGUUUUUCUGUGAUACCAUAUAUUUUUUUUUUAAAUAUCUGUUGUCAGCGUGCUUAUUGACCUUUAUCUGACCUUUUGAAGGUAUCGACAGGUCCCUACUGUGCUUCUUGAACAGUUAUCAUGACUUUUUGGUGUCAUUAAAUUAGUUUUAUUUAAUUUAAAUUUUUGAUAAUAAUAAUUUUUAUCAAUGUCAAUAAAAACCUUUACAAUUCUUAUUCUAGGCAGCUGGCUUGCUAACGGUUAGGGUUUGGAAAGCUCUGACAAAACUUUAUACAUUAUACAUAUAUUCAAUUUCCAAAUAUAUAAGGUUUGAAUAGAUAUUUACAGUAACAAUCAAUGAGGAAAUUAUUUGUUUUAGUAGCUAUACCUGCUUUAUAUUGAGUGGGAUGACAUGGGGUGGUUAAUUCCCAAAUCCCACUUUUCUUGAUUUUUUUCUCCCCCCCCCCCCAGAUCCUCUUUUCUUUGUAUCCCCUAUAUCUGACAACCUCCUUUCCCCCUAUAUCCCAUAUCCUAUAAGAGUGUCAUCCCCUAUAAAAAAUAUUCAGUGACCAAAUUGCUUGAUUUAAUAUUACAUUGAAUAACGGACAUUGCAUUAGGAAAAAAGAUUCAGGGACAAACAUAAUGCAAUAAAUAUUUUUUGGGAAAAAUUAUAUAUUACAACAAAUCUUCGCUUUCUAUCAGUUUUGUGCCUAAAAUAAAUUAUAAAUAUGUUCAUUGACCAAUGUAGUAAUAUCACAUAAUUUUGUGUAUAGGAAACUUAUAUACUGUGUCAAAUGUAACCAAAAUGUAAUAUGUGAUGUUCCAAGUUAUUGCACCAGUGCUAAAAUAGCUUGACAAGGGUGACUGAUGUUUAGUAUAGAGAAUUUCUGUCAUUUUAAAAUUUUUGUCAAAUAGUAAAAAGGUUUGAUGCAAGAAUAUUGGGAAAUAUUAUCUGUAAUGCAAUAUUUAUUGCACCUAGAAGCUUGUGCAAUAACAUAUUCCACUUGAGAUAAUAUUAACCAAUAAUUUAAUAUUAUUGUUAGUAAUAAGUUAUAGAAAUAUUCAGUAAGAAUUAGUUUGUAUUUGUGUUAUAAUGUAAAAAUGUUUGUAUCUGUGUUCAAAUUUAUACUUUUCUACUUCCCGUGUUUAAUGUAGAACGUUCUGUCUCUAUGCACUUUUAUGUGAAAGUCUUCGAAAUCUUUUGUUUUACUGCAAAAUUAUUGAAAUCAGUUAAAAUUGACAGUAAAAUGAUGUUUAUCAAUUUGUUUCUAGAUGUUGGAAAAUGAGAGCAAAUUUGACGAUUUAUAAAAUUGAAACUUAAUUUUCAUAUGCAAAAGUACAAUGUAAAUAAAAAAUUCUUCACCAUCGUAAAGUACCAUAAGUAGAAAUAAAUUGUUCCUUGUUUCAAUGCACUUAGGUCUUUUCUGGUCAUAUUUUAACUAAUAUAAUCAGAUAAGUAUUGAGAAAUGACACUGUAGACUCUCAAUUCGUCGUUUCAGAAUCUAAUGCAUCCUGGGUAAUAUUUUCAAAAGUGUACACCAAAACGUUCUAAUUGGUUUAAAAAUGACAUAAUCAAUGGAAAUUUAACAAUGAUGCGACACUAUUUUCAUUUUGGGGUACAAAAAUGAGAAAUAACCCAUGAUUUUUAAGAUUCUGAAACGGCCAAUUCUCCUGGUGGACAUGUGCGCAUAGUUAUAAAAUUUUCAUGAUCCAAUCCAGGUAAAACUGUAUUGAUUCCUAGAUCCUUACACUGUUCUACAUAAGGAACAAUUGUACGAUUUAAUCCGAAAUUACUGGCGCCAGUUUAUAGAUUAUACUCAUAAUUUUAUUAAAUGUUAGAUGAUGCUCCGAUCGUGUGAUAAGUAUAUUUCCUACCUUUUGUAUUGGUUGUUUGUAUGAUCUGAUGCAAUCUGUAUAUUAUUGUAAGUGUUUUUGUUUUUUGUUUAUUAUUAUUGAUAUAUAUCGUGUUAUCCAGGAGUAGUUGCUUUUCAUUUAAAACUGGAUGAAAAACUUGAUUAACCUAAUUUUAAGGAAUACAAUUAAAGAUAAUGCAGAUAAUCAGUUAUGAUGCAUGAACAUGUUCUGUCCUACAGGGGUUUGGAUGGGGGUCCUUUUUUCUUUUCUUUCUUUCUUUUUUUGUCUCAUUUUUCCAUAUUCUUUAUUUCUUUUUUUCCCAUUAUCCUCUACUUUUUUUCUCAUUUUUGCUCUUUACUAAGCACCUUUUGUGCAUUAUUUAUUCUAUAAACCCCAUGCAGACCCUCUUAUAUUUAAGUAACACCAUAUGGUAUGUCCCUGACAUUGUUAAUGUGCUUAAUAAUUAUAAAAAUGAUGUUAAUCAAGUUUUUGUUGAAAGAAAAUCACUUAAUUUUUUGCAAAGUUGCUAUAAAGUUGAAAUCUUGAGAAGAGAUGAUCGUUUUGUUAAAAAAAAAUCUUUUAUUUUAUUUUUACUAAAUGAUUGUUUUUGACGUUUUUUGUUUCCAAAUAAAACAUCAAAAUUGGACAGAUAAAAAAAAAAAAAAAUGUUAAAUCAAGUUUUUCAUCCUUCAUUGAAUUUUUUGUCAUUCACCAUGAAUUAUGUUAAAGUGCUAUAUAUGUAUAGAACAAACCAGAUGUAUUGCAAUAUUAAUAUAUAUGUAUAAUCCGUCAAAAUCAUUUGAUUAAUAUAGUAUCUGUCACUAAUUAUAAUGUUUAAUUUGAAUUAAUCUUUUUUAUACAUUUAUUAAUACUGCCUUAUUGUAGAAUAAUAAGACUUAAUACAUAUGAAUACUAUAAUUGAAAUAAUGAAUAAUACAUUGUUUGAACCAUUCCACUCGUUAAAAUCUUCACAUCUAAACAUUGGUUUUGCACAGCUGAAUUUUUCUACAUAUGUUCAAGUAAAGCAUAAUUAUUUCAGAUGUCUAAAAUUUGACCAUAUGAAGCUGGAAAAUUCGAGUAUCACAAAUUGUUUUAGUUAAAUAUAUAUCUCUAUAGAAUAGACCAUUUCAGGCGUGUUUAAAAACUAGCUUUGAACAAAAUAGAAUCUGCUAUUCAAAAUGAAUGCUUUCGUUUAUAUGGACACUGGUCUGUCUGUGAAGACCAUAAAAUAACCUGUAGAUAUUUUUUUUUGUUUUAUUGUGUUUUGGGUUGCUUUCAUUUAUGUUAACCCAUUUUUCAGAAUGAACCAUUUUAAUUCAUAUUAUGCUAAAUCAUCUAUCUUUUGAAAAAAAUAUAGAUGAGCUAUACUUUUCCUGUUAGCACCCUUCAUUGUUGCAUGAUUGGUUACAUAAUCUAGGUUCUGAUUGGUUUACAUAUCUUUAAAUAUACUGUAAUAACUAUAAUCUAAAGUGAGGUUGAUAUUCCCUGAUUGGCUCACAUCCCUAGAAGAUGAAGAGGUGUAUCAAUCUUGCUUGAGGUUGGUAGUACAUUCCAAAAGGCCAAAAUAAUUAAGAAAAGGCUUGGUUCGAACCUUUGCUUCAAUAAGAAUUUGAAAUAAAUCAUAUAGCAAAAGUAAGAGUUAAGAUUUGGCACAGACAUUUUUCUAACAUUUUCUACCCAUGACAAUAUCCCUUGCCUGGUAAUAUGAUUUUCAAUUACUAGUAUGGUAUCAGAAAAAUGCUAAAUAGUCCUAAGGAAUGAGAACAUUUUACUUUUUGUUCUUCAUUAAUCUGAAAAUCCUUCAGGUACCGUAUCUGGUAUCAACAACCAAUCAGAACAAGCUAUAGGAAACUGGUACGAAUAGCCAAUCAAAAUAAGUCACAGGUAUUUGAUAUGAAUAACCAAUCAGAAUAAGUAAUACUCUUAUGUCUUAUUACCUUGUUAUCUUAAUAGAAUGGCUGCCCCAUUUUAUUUUUUUUGUAACCUUUAUUUGUACACAACUUACAUUUAGGUGUUAACCCUAUAGUUCUAAUAGUGCUUUCUAAUAUUAAAUGUGUAUAUGAUUUACCUAUAAGUUAGAGCUAAUUUCCUAAUGCUUGUAGAGUAAAACAAGAUUUGAAUUGCUUGCAUUGCUUGUAUAAACGUGUACUCAAGUUUUGUGAUAAAGAAUGGCAUCUUAAAACAAUAAAUAUAGGCAAUGUUAAAUCUGUAUAUAUCAUUCAAAUUUGAUUGGACAGUACCCCAAUAACAAUUGUACAAUAAACAAUCAAAGCAAGCAAGUCUUGCUCUAAAUGCAUUAGGAAAUUAGCUAUAAUGAAACUUUUUCUGUACAGUUUUUAAUUAACGCAUAUUAUAUAUUGCUUCUUACCAAUUGAAGAUGUGUUGGCUUCCAUUUAUUUUGUUUGAGUAUGAAAGUCCACCUACAAGUUAUUGUCGGAGCAUUUUUUUCAGAUAACAAACUGGCAUUUCAGUAUAUUUAUUAUGUAAAGUUUUGUUACUUACUGUUGGUAUAGUCUAUUUCAUGAAUCUGUUACCCAAUAUAAUUAUAGUCUAUUACAUAUACCUAUUAAAAUGUAUGAAUUAU